CAUCUAUUUAUACCCUCUCACUCCCUUUCUUCUCCUCACACACUUCUCUCUACCCCUCUCUCUGCCCCAAUCUUAGAUCCGAAAAAAUGGCGUUGAUCGUUGAGAAGACGUCGAGUGGCCGUGAGUACAAGGUCAAGGACAUGUCUCAGGCCGACUUCGGUCGUCUCGAGCUCGAGCUCGCCGAAGUUGAGAUGCCAGGACUCAUGGCUUGCCGUACCGAGUUCGGCCCAGCUCAGCCCUUCAAAGGCGCUAGAAUCACCGGAUCUCUCCACAUGACGAUCCAGACCGCCGUCCUCAUCGAAACCCUAACCGCCCUCGGCGCGGAAGUCAGAUGGUGCUCCUGCAACAUCUUCUCAACCCAAGACCACGCCGCCGCCGCAAUCGCCCGUGACUCCGCCGCCGUUUUCGCCUGGAAAGGUGAGACGCUUCAGGAGUACUGGUGGUGCACGGAGCGUGCUCUCGACUGGGGCCCAGGUGGUGGUCCAGAUCUGAUCGUCGAUGACGGUGGCGACGCCACGCUUUUGAUCCACGAGGGAGUGAAGGCCGAGGAGAUCUUUGAGAAGACGGGUCAGGUUCCUGAUCCCACUUCCACUGACAACCCUGAGUUCCAGAUCGUGCUUUCGAUCAUCAAGGAAGGUCUCCAGGUUGAUCCUAAGAAGUACCACAAGAUGAAGGAGAGACUCGUCGGUGUCUCUGAGGAGACCACCACCGGUGUCAAGAGGCUUUACCAGAUGCAGGAAAGUGGAGCCCUUUUGUUCCCAGCCAUUAACGUCAACGACUCCGUCACCAAGAGCAAGUUCGACAACUUGUACGGUUGCCGUCACUCUCUACCUGAUGGUCUCAUGAGGGCCACUGAUGUCAUGAUCGCCGGAAAGGUUGCGGUUAUCUGUGGUUAUGGUGAUGUCGGUAAGGGUUGUGCCGCUGCCAUGAAAACCGCUGGUGCUAGAGUCAUUGUGACCGAGAUCGACCCCAUCUGUGCCCUACAAGCUAUGAUGGAAGGGCUUCAAGUUCUGACCCUUGAGGAUGUCGUCUCUGAAGCUGACAUCUUUGUCACCACCACCGGUAACAAAGACAUCAUCAUGGUUGACCACAUGAGGAAGAUGAAGAACAACGCUAUCGUCUGCAACAUUGGUCACUUUGACAACGAGAUUGACAUGCAAGGACUUGAGACCUUCCCUGGAGUGAAGCGUAUCACCAUCAAGCCCCAGACCGACAGGUGGGUGUUCCCAGACACCAAGUCCGGAAUCAUUGUUUUGGCCGAGGGUCGUCUCAUGAACUUGGGUUGUGCCACUGGUCACCCAAGUUUCGUGAUGUCUUGCUCUUUCACCAACCAGGUGAUUGCCCAGCUUGAGCUUUGGAACGAGAAGUCGAGCGGUAAGUACGAGAAGAAGGUGUACGUUCUACCCAAGCAUUUGGAUGAGAAGGUUGCGGCACUUCACUUGGGCAAGCUUGGAGCUAAGCUCACUAAGCUGACAAAGGACCAAUCUGACUACGUCAGCAUUCCCGUUGAAGGACCUUACAAGCCUGCUCACUACAGGUACUGAGAGCUGUUUGGUUCUCGUUGUGGUUUGUCUGGAAGAGUGGAAGAUAUUGGUCCGCUGAUGAAGUUGACCAACUAUCCUUCUGAAUAAGGGGUUAUUGGCUUUGAAGGUUGUGCUUGUUGUUCUUCUUUUUCUUGAAACUUAAAUUAACUUUUGGUUAUGAGUUCCCUCUUGAUUUGCUUUUGUGUUGUGAUCACCGUGUACUCUUUAUACGAAAAAUGGAAGAGAGGAAACUAUUUUCCGUACCCAAA